AUGGCGAAGAAGAACCAAUUGAAGAAUGAGUAUUUGUGGCUGGCCUCAGUCUGGUCUGCCUCGUCAAACUGGUCGGCUCCGAAGGAGGAGACGCACGGCUUGAUGCCGCCGGUGCCAACGGCGAUGAGGGCGAGAGAGAGCAUAAAUGCAGGAGAAGGUGAUAAUUGUCUGAAAGCGGCCCAAAUAGGCGUCGGCCAUGAAAGCCCCAAACAAGGUGAGUAUGUAGGCGGCGCCCACCCAAUUUCCGACGUGCGCGGCCGCCUCCGGCAGAGGCUGGUGCAUCUCUCCGACCAAGUAAGCCACCAUGUUCACCGCAAUCGAGAAAAACGCAAACCUCUCCGCCACCUCAUUCACUAA